AUGGAUUUUAGAGCCAAUCCAAAGAUAUAUGUCAAAGAUCUCCUUGCAGAUGCGGGCGUUGUGGGUGAUUAUGGAGAGGCAAGAAUUAUUGUUCGAAAUUCAUCAUCGGGCAUUAUUACGGGAAUUAAGGAUGAAAAUGGAACUUAUACCACUGACGCACAAACGUUAAAUAUAACUCGUGGAUUUGGAGGACAAGUCGUUAUAGUUUUGGCGUGGACAACACAGCUGCUUUCCGUCAAUGUUAUUCCUGCUGAAGAUAAUAUUCAGUUUGAUCCUGAAAUUGGUUACGGUGUGGUGUUCAGUUGUCUUCAUCUCCUAAGAAAUGUUCAAGAUUCUGGAGUUCAAAGUUAUUCUCCGUCGCUCGAAAUGCCAUAA